CAAGGACAAAAAAUGAAUUGUAUAAAAAGAUUUUGAGGUACUGAUGAGUUGUAAUUUGCAGAGAACCAAGUAGAGUGAGUGAAGAAGAAGGACCUUACUCACUGACAUAAAGAAAUAACCAAAAAGCCAUGGCCUUUAGUGCAGUUGGCAUGGCUACUUCUCCGGCUUCAUCUGCCACAAUGGACAUAAGAACAACAAAGCAUAACGGUCUUCGCCGAUCAAGUUCCGGCAUAGAACUUUCCACACGUUCCAUUAUGCAGAGGUCUUAUUCUGAUACCCACCUGUGUUGUGCUGUCAAUCCCAUACAAGCUACAUCUCUGCAGCCAAAGCAAAAGAGCAACAAGUCAAUGGGGAUCUCGCCAUUUCAAUUUUCAGGCUCCAUUUUACCGAAUUCGCUGCGGUCUUUCUUGUUUGAUCCGGAAACAAGCAAGGAAAUGAAUAUGGGGGAGAAGGAUCACAGCUCACAUUUUGAGGAAAGUGCUGUGGAAUGUGGUGAAGAUGAGAAAAUAAACAGGACUAAUUGGAUAGAGAGGCUUAUGGAGAUUAAGAAAAAUUGGAGAAAUAGAAUACCAAAAGAGGAGAUGGAUCCGGAUAUGAUAUGUGACAAUAAUAGUAAUGAUGAAUGUGACUGUGAUGAAGGUUGUGUGGUGGAUUAUGUAGAAGAUGGGCAAGAAGGAACUUAUGAUCACGACUCGUUCACAAAAUUUCUGUCUCAAGUGUCAUGGUCUGAUACCAAAUUAUACUCUAAGCUUGCUUUCCUAUGCAACAUGGCUUAUGUGAUUCCAGAAAUCAAGGCUAAGGACUUGAGAAGAUACUACAGCCUUCAAUUCAUAACAUCUUCUUUAGAGAAGAAAGCUGAAGUGGAAAAGUUGAAAGAGAGAUUGGAUAAGGACUCGACUCGCAUACCUAUCAAUGACUCUGUAGCCUCUCAAGAUGGAUCAGUAAAAGGAAAAGAUAACAAAGAGAGGCAUCAAAUCCGGCUUGCUUAUGAUAUUGCUACCUCGGCCGCCUCUUAUGUCCAAUUGCGCGCUAAGGACCUCUUGUCCCUUACUGCCAAGCGACAGCAGCCGCAGAGUGACAUUCUGGAUUCUAAUGGAAGGGAAAAUUCAGAAGGAUUUGAGGCGGAAGGCUUCCCGGGCUUAUACAUCAGAGGUUGCAGCUUAUGUUGCAGCAUCAACAAUGACGCUGUGGUAGCUGCUUGUGAGAAGGAGAAGCAGGAAGCAGCCAAGGAUCUUCAGUCACUUCAUUCCUCACCUUGUGAAUGGUUUAUUUGUGAUGAUUCCAACACUUACACUAGAUACUUUGUAAUUCAGGGUUCAGACUCCUUGGCAUCUUGGCAAGCAAAUCUUUUCUUUGAGCCAACCAAAUUUGAGGACACAGAUGUACUUGUUCAUAGAGGAAUUUAUGAAGCAGCAAAAGGAAUAUAUGAGCAAUUUUUGCCAGAAAUAAAGGCUCACUUGAAGAGACAUGGAGAUCGCGCUAAGCUUCAAUUCACUGGCCAUUCCCUUGGGGGAAGUCUCUCUCUUCUGGUUCAUUUGAUGCUUUUGAGCAGGAAGGUUGUCAGUCCCUCAACUCUUCGACCGGUCGUGACUUUUGGGUCGCCUUUUGUAUUCUGUGGAGGCCAUAAAUUGCUUGAUCAUCUAGGAUUGGAUGAGAGCCAUAUCCAUUGUGUAAUGAUGCAUAGAGAUAUAGUUCCCAGGGCCUUCUCAUGCAACUAUCCUAACCAUGUAGCCCUUGUCCUUAAGCGCCUAAACAGCACGUUUCGCUCGCAUCCUUGUCUCAUAAAAAAUAAGUUGUUGUACUCACCAUUGGGUAAAAUAUUCAUUCUCCAACCUGAUGAGAGAACAUCUCCUCCUCAUCCUUUGCUACCUUCAGGAAGUGCCUUCUAUGCCCUGGACAGUGCUAGAUGUGGAUACACUCCAAGUGUUCUUAGAACUUUUCUCAAUCAACCACACCCCAUUGAGACGCUUAGUGAUCCAACAGCAUAUGGUUCAGAAGGCACAAUUCUAAGGGACCAUGACUCCAGCAACUACCUCAAAGUUGUCAAUGGAGUGUUGAGACAGCAUUCGAAGAAUAUCGUCCGCCAAAUGAGGAAGCAGAGGAUUAAUGAGCUUUGGCCAUUGCUGACUACACCAUCUCCACACUCAUGGAACCAUGAACAGAACUUGGAGAGGUGUAAUUUGAUGACAAAGGAGAUAGUGACAGGGGUCUAA